GAAAUGUCUCCUUGAAAUGAUUGACUGUGCGCAGCUCCGUGCUUUCCUGCUUACUGCACAUAGAUAGUGGUUCGUUACUUUGCGUCUGUUCCAGGCCGCGACCAAGUACUAAGGCACGCUUGUAGCUUGUAGAAAGCGGCAAACUGGUCGGCAUUACCUGUAUCGCGUGUAGCUUUCAAGAUGGACUCUGUCGAAGAUGAUAUGUUGCUGCAUGGAUUGAGAUCACCUAUGCGGCCAAACGUAUCUGGCGAGCCUGCGGCGCAACCCCAUGCUCAGCAGGGCGAGGCCACAGCAGGCAUCAGGUUCGCUCUUGACAAGCUCGCGCGCCAGAUGCACGCCGGCGCGAACUCCGAGCGCAUGGCCGAGAGCCGGGCGCAGCACAACCUCCGCAGCGCGAUUGACAGCAUUCCAGUCGUUGGGCUUGCCUCGCGCGCCGUUCCCGGGCCUGUGGUACUUACAGACCUGUUGCUGGGCUUCGGUGGAGCUGCGGGCGCAGCUGCAGCAGGCAGGCACUCGCCCCUACACACGGCAGGUCCAGCCCACGGCUCGCCGGUGCCUGCUGCAACACCGGUGCGGCAUGCAGCUUCGCCGCUCAGGCCACUGUCUCCACGCGCGCUCCACUUCACGGGCGUGAUGCCCACACCCGUCGCUGGCGCCGCGCCCAUCACCUCCACCACCGGUCUUGCCGCCGCAGCCGCGGCUGCGGCCGCAGCUGCCGCUUCCGCACCACACAACAUACACACAACGGGCGCAGCCUCAGCAGUACCCAGCCCGCGGCGGUCGCAGCCCUUCAGCAGCUCUGCCGCCUCUCAGCCGCUGCCAGCACGCCGCACUGUCCCAGCCGGCCCCGCGCCCUUCUACUCUGUCCACGAGGUACUGCCAUCAGCUGAGGCCAGAGCCCGGGCUGGUGGCGCGGCCUCGCGCGGCGAUGCGGCGCCGCCGCGGCAGCGCCCGGCGCCCACUGCCAGUAUCUCUGAGGCGACGGCUGCGGACGUGAUGGCCAUACCCGGCCGCCGCUCGCCGCCGGGUGCCGUCGCCGCUACGGCUGCGGCCUCUGCAGCGCGCCGGUCCAUCUCGCCGCCCGGCCUGUCCUCGUCAUCCGGCUUUGAGCGACUGGGCCUGGUGGCAGCGGCCAGCGGUGCAGGGCUGGGGUCGGGCGGCGCCGCCGCGGCGUCGGUCAUGCCGCUGGUGAUCCGGCCGCACUCCACAGGCCGGCGGUACUCCUCUCCAGCAGCGGCUGCGCCCGCCGCCUCACUCCCAAACCCCGCCGCCGGAGCUGCAGGCUACACACUCAGCAGCGGUGUUGGAGGCGGUGCUGGCGGCAGGUAUGCGGCAACGGCUGCCGCGCAUGCAGCCUCUGCCGGCACCAGCUCCAUAGACAGCAUCCUGGUGGGCAAGGCCACGUCACGGUACGCGCCGGCAGCGGACACGUGGGCCGCCCCGGGGUCGCGUGCGGCUUGGCCGCCAGUGCUGGACAGCACGGGCGGCAGGGUGGGCAGCGGUGGUGGCAGCUCCCGCGGCCGCUACAUGCCGCCGUCGCGCGAGCUGGACGGCGAGAGGGUUUCGAGCAUUGCAGGCGGCAGCGGCGGUGGUGGUACCGGCGGCGUGCGGCAGCGGCCCACCUCGCCGCUCGUGCCGCGGGCGCAGUCGGGAACGGAGGUGACCGGGGCCUCAGUUGCCCGGGGGCUGGCCGCAUCGCAUGGGGCCGCAGAGCCCACAGCCUUGGGGUCGGCAGGGUCCGCAGCGGCCGCGACGCCCGGCGCCACGCGGCCACGCUCCGCACCCCGCGGCGCGGGCAUGCCCGUCGUGCCGCCGCCGGUGCCCCUGCCCGCGGCCGCUGUCGCUGCAGCUGCGGCGGCCUUUGGCUCGCCGGACGCAGCGCAGCCAUCGUCCUUUAGCUUCCAGCCGCAUGGCGCCUUGUUGUCGCCGCGCCGCCAUCAGUCGCCGCUGCGGCCUAAUGCCGGCGCUAGCGACGGCGCCGCAGCUGCCGCCGGCCUCCCCGAUGUACCGUCGCAGCUGGCGUCGCUCGCUCGGCACAUGGAGGAGGCACGGCGGAUACAGAACCGCAUCCUCGGUGAUGCCCUCGCGGACGACGGUGAUAGCAGCAGCUCGGGCGCAGACGGCGCCGCAGGCGGCUCUGUCCGGGCGACAAGAGGCGCGGCAGCGGCAGCGGCAGGCAGGGCCUCAGGGCGGCUGCCGGCGCCGGGCUCGCCGGUCUGGGUGCCGCCGCCGGGCUCGCUCUCCGAGCGGCCGCUGCCAGCGGACGCGGUGGUGGUGGCGGCGCGGCGCGGCGGCAGCGGCAGCGGCAAGGGCGCGCGUCUGCACCAGCGUGGCCGCAGCGUCAGCAGCAGCGGCGAGUCAGCAGACCUGGAGGAGGUGCUGAUUCGCAAGAGCAUCAGCGCCGCCGUCGGCGCCCACGCCGCCGCCGUCGCCGCGGUGGAGGAGGUGCGCGCGCUGGCCGCCGCCGCGGGCGCUGGCGUGCCCACAGUCGCCGCCACCGCGGCCGUGCGCGCGCGAAGCCGCUCCUCCAGCCCCACCCGGCCCGGCGCCCGCGGCUGGCCGGCUGGGGGUGCUGCUACUGCCGUCGACAUGGCGCCGAACAUGGUGCUGCCGCCCGCGCUGAUGCUACAGCCGCCGUACGACUUGCGCGGUCCCGUGCUGCUGUCGGCUGAGUCCACCUUCUGGACCUCUGCAGCGGGCGGCGGCGGCGGUGGUGGCGGCGGCGGCGGCGCAAUCGCGAUGGCCAGCAGCGUGUGGGGACUGCGGGGCUCGCCGCCGCGGCCGGUCAGCACGGGCCGCGGCAUGGGCAGCCGCGGGGGCUCGCCGGACCGGGCUGGUGCAGGUGCUGGCGGCGGCGGCGGCGGCGGCGGCGGCGGCGGCGGCGGCGGCUCGUACGUGCUAGAGGGACAGAUGGCGGAGCUGAUGUACCUGCAGGAGCGCUUCGCUAUGCGGCGCGAACAGCGGCGCGCGGCCCGCGCCGCCGCCGGUGACGCCGCCGCGCUGACCAGCUCCGACCCAGAUGGCCCCGCCCACAGCCACGGCUACGGGCACGGGUAUGACCACGAGCGUGUGGACGCGGGCAUGCAUGGGCAUGGCGUUCAGGGCCGUGGUGAUUACGCCCUUGGCGAUGAUGAUGAGGAGCGGGAGCAGCAGGAGGCCUUGGCUGCUGAGGAGGAGGCAGCCGAGGCGCAGGGGGCUGCGGAGGCGGAGGCGCUGCGCCGGGAGCUGCAGGCGCAGCUGGUGCUGGAGGCGCAGCUGGAGGCGGCGGCGGAGCAGGCCAGGGCGGCGGCGGAGGCGGCGGCCGCGGCCUCGGCUGAGGAGGAGGCGGCGGUGGACGCGGCACGGCAGCGGUCUCGGCUUGGCCGUGAGCGCAGCACCGGCGGUGGCAGCAGCAUCCGAGUGGGCGGUGCAGCCACCUCCGCCGCCUCCUCCCUCCGUCGGCGCUCGGGUAGCCCCCCGCCGGCGCCCUCCACCGGGCUCCACUCUGUCCGCUCCUCGGCGGCACCUUCGCGCCACCCCUCCGCACCCCCCUCGCGCCACGCGUCAGCGCGGCCUUCCGCCGCCGGCGCCCCGCCGCCCUGGCCCCUGUACCCGGGCGCUGCCUCCUCUGCAGCGCCGUCCUCCCGACCCUCGGCGGCAACCUCCCGUGUGGUCAGCCGCAGCGUCAGCCGCGGCGGAGCUGCUGCUCCCGCCGCCGCCGCCGGCACCGCCGCUACGUCGGCUGCCGUCUCCCGCCGCGCGUCUCGGUCUCUGUCGCCAGAGGCGCUGCGGCAGCUGGGCGCAGAUGGCGGUGGCGGUGGCGGUCGCGAUGACGCGGGCACGGGGUCGGGUGUGGGGUUGGGGUCGACACGGCUCAGCGCGCAUGGCAGCCUACGCAGCCGCAGCCCGGGCGUCUCACACCAGGUUGGGCAGUCCGUGGCGCCGUCAGUGGGCGCGACGAGUGCCGGCGGCACCGCCAGUGGCGCCGCUGCUGCGCGCGUGCCCAGCGCGGGCGGGGUGUCUGCGCCGGGCUCGGUGGCGGUGUCACUGGCGGGGAGCAGCCGGCCGCCUGCGGCGCCGCGGUCAGCGGCGGCGUCAGCUGGCGGCGGCGGCGGCGGUGGAGGCGGUAACGGCUCGCCUGCCAGCGGUACUUCUGCGUUCAAGGAUUUGCACAAGAUGGUCCGGGACAUGGAGCAGCUGCUGGCAGUCAUCACGGAAGACCCCAACGCAGCCGCAACCGCAGCAGCAGCCGGCGGCGGCGGCGGCGGCGGCCUAGCCAGUGCCGCCUCCGGCCGCUCUCUGCCCAGCAGCUCCCACGCGCCACCGGGCUCCGCCGCCGCCCCUGCCUCUCUGGGCCACAUGCCGGCGUACAGCAGCGGCGGCGGCUCAGGCACCAGCGGCUCGGGCUGGACAUCCGGCGGCGGCGCCGGCGAGUACGGCGUAAAUGGCGGCGGCGGCGGCGCUGCCAGCGCCGCCGGCGUGUCGGGCCGUGUGGCGGCAGCGGGUUUGGGGGGUAGCACGCGCGCGUCCCUUACAGGGCAGCUGGCGCCUGGCAGCAGUGUGGGCGGUGGCGGCGCGUUGCGGCCGGGUGGGCUCAGCCGGAAGAGCCUCGCGUCUACUGGCGGCGUGGCGUCUGCGGUGGGCGGCGGCGGCAUGAGUCGAACCACCAGCCGCACAGGCAGCGUCGCGGCCUCCGGCAAGCCAGUGGUGGCGUUUCGAGAUGACGACGACGCCCGCCGCUCAUCGCACCACCACUCCCAAUCCCACCCCGGCUCCGACUUCUACCCGGCCUCCUCCUACCCGGCCUCCUCCUACCCGCCAUCCUCAACCACAGGCCCGGUCGGGCCGCGCAGUGAGCAUGCCAACACGCAGCCCCCCGCACCACCGCACCGCCACCACCACCUGCACCUGCAGGCCGCGCACCCUUCCCUACGGCCGUAUUCAUCGGCCAACGCAGCCUUCCCGCUCACCACACCAGACGCACCAGAGGUGGGGGCUCUGGCAGACCAGCUCCGUGCGGUGCGGUCCAACAUCUCACGGAUAGAGCAGCAGAUGUGGCCGGGCGCGCACCGCCGCUCGUCUGGCGCCGCCACCGGCGGCACCGCAGGCACAGGCUCGGCCGCCACGGUCUCUGCCUCUGGCGUCCCGCCGGCGGCGGCCGCCGCCGCCGGCUCCGCCACUGGUGGCGGCGGUGCGCAUCUCCGUUACCUCCACACCAUGCAACAAGAGAUGGAGACGGCAGGCGCAGGCAACGGCGGCAGCAGCGGCGGCGGAGCCGCCGCUGCUGACCCGAACCGCAACCGCAACGGUUAUGCACAACCGCCGUCAUAUGAGUUGCAGGGGUACGACAGCACGGGCUCGGAUCCUAUUGAGCGAGCCUGGCAGCGUCAGGCGUCAGGCGCGGGUGCAGGCGCUGGCGGCAGCAGCGGCGGCGGCGGUUUGAAGACGGCCUCGGAGCGGGCAGUCGAGGCGGAGGCUCUGAUUGCGCGGGCCGAGAUGCUGCGCACCAGCCUGUCUAUGGGCAGCAGCGCUGGAGGAGGAGGAGGAGGAGGCGGAGGAGGCAGCGCGGCUGCCGUACACACAGGCGCUGGCACAGGCCGCUGGGCGGGGGCGGGCGGGCAGACUGGCACUGCUGGCGGGAGCCUGGGCGGAGGCGGAGGCAGCAGCAGCAGGCUGGGCUUUGGCGCCGUUGAGGGAAGCUCCAUGGGGCCUGCGGAGCUGUCGCGUUUCGCCGCCAGCGCGCCGGCAUCCGCUGCCGUCAGCAGGAAGAGCCUGGCGAACACCAUCAGCGGCCGCUCCGGCGCCGGCGGCUUCAGCGGUGUGAGGAAUGGCGCGGUCUUGGGGCCGCAGGCCGGCAGCGGGGUUGCAGGGGGCCGUGGUGGCGGCGGUGCGGGUCAGCAGGUGGAUGCGCUGGAGGCCAAGUUGCUGUCAGAGUUGGGCGAGCUGGAGUCGGCGCUGCGCAGGAUUGGCAAGGGUGGCGCGGAGGUGGGGGCCGUGGGCGCGCGGGGCCGUGCUCGGGCCUGAUCUGGGUUGGCUGGCAUUGCGAGCUCGGAAGCCUAACGCGGGAGUGAAUCGGCGGGCGCGGUUUGUGCGUGGAUAACCGUAGGGUGGAAAGCAGGACAACAGAAGGCAUAUUGUGCGAACCACGGUUAUGCACACUCCUGUAAGCUAGCAGGGCG